UAUUUCUUGUGUUUCGAUCGCUUUAUCUUCGGCCUGGUCUGAAAGCCAUCUUUCUCGCUCAUCGUUGUUCUAGAGAGAGAAAGUGAGUGUUUUCUAGUGAGAGAAAAUCGAGAGCUAUACAGAUUAUACAGUAACAGCUGAGACAUUUUCACUCUGAUCGACCUCUCAAAAUAUUCUGAGAAAGGGGAUUAGGAGUCCUUUUGAGGACCAUCUUAUAGAAAGUUUACACAAUCAAUUCUGAAUCUGAGUUUGCCAAAAGUCAUGCUGGAAGCCAAAAGCUAAGUUCAGAUGGCUUUAUGCAUGGACUUUAGAAUUUUCCAGAAGACAGAAUGAAGCCUGAGUUUAUUGGGGAAAAUACAUAAUCUGACUGGCCUAAUUUAAUAUUGAAGGGAUUCCCUUUUAAUGAAUCAUGAUGAGAAAACAUGCCGUGCAUAGUUCUUUCCUAACAGCAAUUUUCAGAAAGAACUGUAGAAGUUCCAAUUGAAUUUUGGUAAGUUUGGAGCCGACCCAGUAUGCCACAACCUUAGCCGAGGCAAUAGACUGGGCUCAAUAACAUGCAGAUGUUGCAGCGGCACAUUAUGUUGAAGCAGUUGCAAGAACUUAAGAGGCAGCAGCAACUUCAGGAGUUAGGUAAUGCAAGGCAGCAGACUCACAUAAACCAGCUAUCUGCAAUAAAUAAACAGGCUGAUGGGGGUCAAUUUUCACCCCUGAUUAAUGGAACACCUAUUCAUGAUGUAUCACAGCACAUGGGUGGUAACAUGAACUUGGUGCAGCAUGCCACAUCACAAACUGUCCAAGGAUUUCCAAAUGGAUUGGUAUAUUCACAAGCUCAAAGCCAGCCUCUGCGUUCCAUGGGUCAAGUUCCUCAACAGCUUGAGGCGUAUUUAUAUGGAACUCCAAUUGCCAGUGCAAGAGAUAAUUUAAGUCAGUAUUCUCAUCUCCAAGGGAUAUCUCAGGAUUCCGGCAACGUUUUGAUCAAGCAUGGUGACAACCACACAAAACCUACAAUGCAAUCAUCAGCCUUUAGUAACUCCUUUCUGGGUGAUCACUGCAAUGUUCCUUCUGACCAGAUUUUCAUGUCAGAUGGAGCUUUCAUUUCUAAACAGGUAGGUCAGGGGAAGAACUCAUUUGGGCAAGUUCCUAUUCGAGAUUUAAAUAGUGGAGUUAUACCAGAAAACUUUCAGCAGGUGAAUUCUGUGCAAAUGAAUGCAUCACAGCAGGACUUCAAUGGGAGGCGAGAACCAGCUUGUUGGCCUGGACUCUUUCCAGAAAAACCAACACAAGUUGGCCAUUCUCAGGGUUUGGCUACCCUAGAUCCAUUGGAAAAGAAGAUUUUGUUCAAUAUGGAUGACAAUAGUUGGGAUGCUUCUUUUGCCAGGCCCACCGACAUUAGCACAGGGGGCUGUGGGAACACAUUGGAAUGUACAGAUUUUUUGAGUUCGUUUCCUUCUAUUCAAAGUGGGAGUUGGAGUGCUCUUAUGCAGUCUGCUGUUGCGGAAACUUCUAGUAGCGAUACUGGGUUACAAGAACAGUGGAGUGGCUUGAGUUUCCAGAACACAGAGCCGUCAACUGGUAAUCAGCCUUCAAACUUUACGGACACUGGAAAACAACAAACAGAUUGGGUUGAUAGUCAUGUUCAGAGUGUCCCUUCUCUAAGUUCGAAACCUCUGUUCAAUGAUUCUACUAUGCGCUCUGUCUUCCCCGGUUUACAGCAACCAAAUAUCCAAAAUUCAAUAAAACAGAGAGAGAUAAUGCGUUCUGAUUCAUCUCAUGAAUCUAUUCAUCAGCCCUGCGAAGAUGCUAACAAGUGGUCUUAUUGCAAGCCUCAACAAAAGCAACCCAUUGAGGGAGGUCAUCCAGUUCCAACACUUAGACAUUUGGAAAAUGCAUGGCCUGCUCAAUAUGCACACUCAGAAAAUGACGAACAUCAGAAGAUCAUAUCCUCAUACAGAAAUGAUGUCCAGUCACCCAGUGGAAAUGGUAUGCUGAAUGUUUGUAAUAAUGAGAAUGCUGUGAACAAAAUUUGGGCUGGUGAUAUUAAUGAAGCCUUUCACAAGGAUCCUGGUAGUUUUUGGAAGCCUGAAAAAAAUAGUAUGGCAAGCUUAACUAAGGCCUGCCACGACACCAGUCAACAUACCACAGAGAGUGGUCAGUUUGAUUACAUGGAACAAGUUGAUAUUUCUCUGAAGAACAAGGGAAGUGAGAGCAUGGGGGAUGACCAGUAUCGUCCAAGUAAUAGUCCUCAGGUUGUAAUUAAUUCUUAUGAAAGGCCAGGUGAAACUUAUAAAAAGCAACAGAUCUGCUACCAAAGAGAGAACUCCGGCGGCAGCUAUCAUUCUAGCGCAUCGCAGCAAGCCAUCACAGGGCAUGAAGUCAGAGAAAAUGUGUGGCUACAUGAAAGUGAUUCUCGACCUGUGGCAGGGGAUAAACAAAUGUCAUCUGGUCAGGUUGUGUUCCAACAGGUCUCUCAAGGAUCCAGUGGUCAAGGGCAAGGAUAUAUUGGACAGUUCAAGUUUAUUGGUAAUGAUUCUAAUGGUGCCAUGGACUUGGAAAAGUGGCCUUCACCUAAUGCUCAGAGAAACUCAAAAGCAUCGGAGGAGGUAACUCAUAGAGGCAAUGCUGGAGCUAAUUUAUCUGUUUCCAACAGUAAAAACAUGCUCGAGCUUCUUAACAAGGUUGACCAUGAGGGGGAUCAUAAUAUUGUAGCACGCUUUGGCUCCUCUAACUCCGAGACAUUAACUGAAUUGCCCAAAGCAGAAACUCCCGAUGCAUCUAUUGCUCAACAUUAUGAUUAUUCUUCUGCUUCACAAGGCUAUGGCUUAAUGUUGUCUCCUCCGUCUCAACAGCUACCCAAUUCCAUGAGUUCCUUCUCAUCUCCGAGCACUACGCAAAUGGCUAUUGCGACAACUCCUUCAGGUCCUCCUUAUUCAAGAAAUCACCUUCAAAGACAGCACAUUCCAGCUUCACAAGCAACAUUGCCUGGUAGACUUCCAUGUGCUACCUCUCAAGCUACAUCACAUCCAAAUUUCACCAACCUUUUUGGUCAACAAUUCCCAAUUUUGGAGUCCAUCCCAGUCACUCAGGCUUCUGUUAUGUCAGGCAUGUCUCAGCAGGUUGGGUUUUCGAUAAGGCCACCCAGUGCAUGGCAAAACGUAGUACCAACUCAACGGUAUCUAUCUGGGACAGAAUCUUGCAAGGUUUCGUCGAAUUUGCUUUCCACAGAUUCAACAAAUAACCGUCUUGAAACUACUCAAUGGGCUGCACAGGAGCUCCAUGAUCAAAACCCAUGUAGAGGAGGAACUGCGUCGCUGGAAAUUGGUGCAUGUUCUGUGAAUUUGCAAGGCUUUAAUCAUGGGGAAGAGCAACUUGGAAAAGAGAGAUUUCAGCAGCAAAUUUCAUCAGAGAUGGUCGACUCAGCUUCACAUACAGAUGGGAAAGAAUUUGCAAAGCAUUUAUCAGAAGCAAAUGCUAUUGGCUCUGACUUAUUGUUGGCUCAUUCGCAGCACAAUGACUUUGAUGGGGCACAGCAUGGCGUCAAACAAGGGCGAGCUGUUUCUGCAAGAGAUAUCGAAGCCUUUGGUCGUUCACUGAAACCGUUACCUACACUUCAUCAAAAUUACUCAAUGCUGCAUCAAGCGCAUGCUGUGAAGGAUGUGGAGAGUGAUCCUAGCAAGAGGUUUCCAGAGAAACAUAGUGGUGCUGGUCCUGAUCUGAAUCUUCAGCAAGUGUCACAAAUCAAUUCAUUUCCAUCGAGGGAUAUUAACAUGCUGAACUUCUCAUCAGAGGUGAGAGAACAUCAGUCGGUCAAAAAUUUGUCCCAACAUCUUCAAGAUGCACCUCAGGAGAUGGUCACACUAGGUCAAAGUUAUUCGCAAAGUCAUUCUGCUAGCAGAAAUGAGGCAUCUUAUGGAAAAGAACUUUCUCAGAUUAAUUUGCAGAUGGCACCUUCAGUGUUUAAGUACUAUGGAACAUUGAGAAAUGGGCAGAUGUUGCCAAUGUAUGAUGCAAGAGCUGCAAAGAAUGCUGCACAGCUGUUCCCUCUUGGGAAGCCUUCUGAGAAUUUGCACAUGAAUGCUUCUAUGUUUACAAUAAAUGCUCCUGAUGAUAGUCAGCAGCAUUUGGAAGUGAUUGAUCAAAAUUUGGCUGCUGUGAGACCAAAGAAGCGUAAAAUUUCUAUACCUGAUUUUCUACCAUGGCAUAAGGAAGUGACACAAGGUUCUUGGAGACUUAAAAGUAUAAGCAUGGCAGAAUUAGAAUGGGCGCAAGCAACAAAUCGGCUGAUUGAAAAGGUGGAAGAUGAGGCUGAAAGAACUGAAGAUUUGCAGCCAAUGCUCCGACCAAAGAAAAGGUUGAUAUUGACAACACAUCUUAUGCAGCAAAUGUUUCGGCCUGCACCAGCAGCCAUUCUCUCAGCGGGGGGCACUUCAAACUUCGAUGCUGUGGUAUACUUUGCUGCUAGAGUGGCACUUGGGGAUGCAUGCAGCCUAACGUCUUACUCGGGAAGUGAUUCCUGCCUGUCUUCUAACAGCUAUGACACGAUGUCUGGAAAGCUCAAAACUCCUGAGAGACAUGACGAGCAGUAUUUCUCAAAAACUGUCGACGACUUCACAAACCGAGCAAAGAAGCUGGAAACGGAUUUAUUAAGGUGCAGAUUGGACCAGAGAGCAUCACUUUUAGAUAUAAGAGUGGAAUCCCAGGAUUUGGAAAAGUUUUCUGUCAUAAACCGUUUUGCCAAGUUCCACAGCCGGAGUCAAGCAAACCCUGCUGAGACCUCGUCAUCCUCUGGCACUGCACCGAAACCAUUCCCCCAAAGAUAUGUAACUGCAGUUCCAAUGCCUAGCACAAUACCAGAGGGAGGAAAAUGUGUCUCACUCUGAUCAUUGAUUGAUUGAUCCUCUCCGCUCAGGCAUCCUUUUCAAUCCACUACUGCAUUCCGUAUCCAUGGCUAUGUCCAUGGGUCUUGUUUCAAUAAUUUUUAUGUUGGUGCACAAGUAAACCAACAAAGAGCGGGAAAAAAAAAAGGAUCGAACUCAGGAGGAGUCAAAUGCAAGUAACUGACGCGGUUCUAUCUUUUUUAAUCAAGGCAGUUGUUAUUUUUAUGGAGUACAUAAUGUCCUCUGUCUAUUUUUAUGAGAAUUAAGGAGAUGGCAAGUCGGAGGCAAGUAUCGACGCUCCUCUACUCUUUUUCCUGAAAUGUCAAUCAACUAGAAUUUACAUGUAUCAUAUAGCAGUUAUGCUCUUGUAGGCUCUCUUCUUUUUCCUUUUCAGGGUUGCUAGUAGGGUUGAUAGCAUGAAGAUCAAGAAAUGAGGUGGUCAAUGAAGUAUGUUUCAUGAAAAAGGACUUCCUAUUAACAUGCUUUAGGAGGACCCUAUACAAGUUUGGUAGAAGCUUCCAUGACUAUUUACACAUAUUGUUAGGAUUCCUCUGGUGAACCUUUUGUAUAAUUUUGCACUUGCAAUGUGUUAUAUGUUUAUAUUGUUGAUGACAACGUUUUACGUUGUCUGUCAAGUUACCUAACGUAACCCUUAUUUAUUUAGACUUGAGACCGAUUGUGUUA